AAUGAAAACACUCAUUUUGUCAUCAGGCAUGCUUAGAGACAGCUGUACGGGGCUAUUAGAAGGACCCAAACAACAUGUACCGGAAAUUUUGAGAGCAUGAAGUAAACAGUGGCAUUAACGCUUAAAUAACUUGACUUCCAGCGAAUUUAGGGUGGCUACAAUGAACAUGUCCCCUGAGGUUACACUGCACCGUAUCUCACCUGAGUUGCGGCCCCUGCUGUGCAGCGUUGUGCGGAACGGCCGUGUAGGACUCGACUCCACAAACUGUCUCCGUGUCACAGACCUCAAGACUGGAUGCACAUCUCUGACCCCUGGUCCCUGCUGUGAUCGCUUUAAACUUCAUAUCCCCUAUGCUGGAGAAACCUUGAAAUGGGAUAUCAUAUUCAAUGCACGGUAUCCAGAAUUACCACCAGAUUUCAUUUUUGGAGAAGAUGCGGAGUUUCUUCCUGAGCCCUCAGAACUACCACACUUGGUCCAGUGGGAUGCUGGGAACCCAGAAUGUUUGCUCCAGCUGGUGAAGGAGCUUAUCCAGCAGUACCACCACUACCAGUACCAGCGUCUGCGAGACAGCUCUCGACUGCUCUUUGAGUAUGAGAGCCUGCUGGAGGAUCCCAACUACGGCCGCAACAUGGAGAUUUAUGCCGGACGCAAGAACAGCUGGACGGGAGAGUUUUCAGCCCGUUUCCUUCUCAAACUCCCUGUGGACUUCAGUAACAUCCCUGUCUAUCUUCUGAAGGAUACAGCGCUGGAUCCUGGGGAGGAUGUGGCCCUUCUCUCAGUGAGCUUUGAGGAUGCUGAGGCUACACAAGUCUUCCCUAAACUCUACCUUUCCCCCAGCAUCGAACAUGCUCUGGGAGGCUCCUCUGCACUUCAUAUCCCAGCAUUCCCCAGUGGAGGAUGCCUAAUUGACUAUGUCCCUCAAGUGUGCCAGUUACUCACCAACAAGGUGCAGUAUGUCAUCCAAGGCUAUCACAAGAGGAGAGAGUACAUCGCUGCCUUCCUUAGCCACUUUGGAACGGGCAUGGUGGAGUAUGAUGCGGAGGGAUUCACAAAACUCACUCUUCUCCUCAUGUGGAAAGACUUUUGCUUCCUAGUACAUGUGGAUCUCCCGCUGUACUUCCCCAGAGACCAGCCCACCCUCACCUUCCAGUCGGUAUACCACUUCACCAACAGUGGUCAGCUCUACUCUCAGGUGCAGAAGUCGUAUCCCUACAGCCCUCGCUGGGAUGGCAAUGAGAUGGCAAAGAGGGCCAAGGCAUAUUUUAAGAGUUUUAUCCCUCAGUUCCAAGAGGGAGCCUUCGCCAAUGGGAAACUCUACCAAUGAUACUUGGCUUGAAGCAGGCUAACCACAGAGGGUUGGGCUCACAACGCUUCAUCAAUGGGUGCCAUGCCAUGAAGAGAUAUUUGCUGACAUGUAAACAACAUGCACACUAUUAAAAUUACAAAGAGCUCCAGGAAUGCUGUAAAACACCUUGGUUUACUGUUUGCUUGUCUUUGUCACUCACACAGUUUUCUCUUUUGCCUCCACUGUCAAUGUCAAAAUGACCUACAGGUAGUUUUGCCUUUAAAUUGUAUUUUCUAUGUGACUAUUUCGAGCCCUGUGAAGACAUGUUGACAGUACUGUAAGUAAAAACAUGUUUUUUACACCCAGUAAAUUAGUCUGUUACCCCUGA